UGUGUUAUUCAUGUUUUAUUGUUCGUGGACACAUUAAAGAGCGAAGGUCAUUUGAUAGUGGCCGCCAUUGAUUUGUCUUAUCAACUCUUCUGGUCCAAAAAUUUACUUUGUGUCAAGUAUUGGAUAUUUUUACAUCAAAAUGGCACCGAAACCUGCACCGAAGAAGGCCAUCGUUACUUCAAAAGCCCCCAAACCAGUGGGACCUUACAGCCAGGCCGUGCAGAUCGGAGAUACAGUGUUUGUCUCCGGAGUCCUCGGUCUCAACAAGGACACACUGAAGCUGGUGGAGGGAGGAGCCGGACCUGAGGCAGAACAAGCCCUCCUCAACCUCGGUCACAUACUGGACGCUGCCGACUCAUACUACGCCAACGUUGUGAAGACAACAGUAUUCCUAGCAGAUAUGGACGACUUCCCAACUGUGAAUGAAGUUUAUAAGAAAUAUUUUGAAGAACCUUACCCGGCAAGAUCUUGUUUCCAAGUUGCUAAAUUACCUUUGGGAGCCAAGGUUGAAAUAGAAGCAAUCGCUGUUUCGGGAAACGUUCGAGACGUCAAACCCGGCCUUUCAGCAUAGUCAUGGGUGAACAGGAUAAGUCUUCUUUAAUUAAAUCAACACUGUAAUAUCUAAACAAUUUUAUUUUGUUACAAUAAAACAUGUUAAAACUUUUAUAAAAA